GCAUCUCAUAUUCUAAUGCUGUGUUGGGAUUUUGUUUCAGCGAUCUUAAAUUUUGUGGUGGAAGGGGAUGCCGUGAAGGCCAUAGAACUGACAGAAGAGUUGGCGCCCAACUUGCUAGAGAAUGACAUGGAUUUACAUUUUGAUCUUAUAAGUCUUCACUUCAUUGAGCUAAUUCGUUCCAGAAAAUGCACAGAAGCACUUGAGUUUGGCCAGAAAAAGUUGACACCCUUUGGUAAAGUUUCCAAGUAUGUUGAGAAAUUAGAGGACUUUAUGGCCCUCCUAGCUUAUGAAGAGCCUGAGAAGUCACCUAUGUUUCAUCUACUAGCCCCAGAGUAUAGGCAGAAUGUUGCAGAUAGCUUGAAUCGGGCUAUUCUCGCACAUGCUAAUCUACCUGCAUAUUCAUCAUUGGAGAGAGUUAUACAGCAGUCGACCGUGGUUAGACAAUAUCUACAGCAGGAAGUUGACAAGGAUUCUUACCCACCGUUUUGUUUGAAGGCCUUUCUGGACAAGUAAGGCGCAACCAUGGUCAGAAAGGAAAGGGCUAUUAUCAUCCCUAGACUCAUGUGCCCUUCUCAGAGUGCGGAAACAACACCGAGAGUUUUUCACAUUUUCCGUUAAAAGAACAGCGAGAUGCACAUAUCUGCAGCGACCUGACAUUGUUGGCAGUGUUGUACUUUGAUAGAGUGGUGUUGUAUGUGUUUUUUUUUUCUGUCGGGUCGUCGGUAUUCUGCUUCCCCUUAGUCGUCGUUAAACAUGUACAUAUGGAAGCGCCGAGUCAUUCUGUAUUAUUCGUUCAGAUUGCUUUAGUGUGAGCCAGUUUGCUGCCCA